ACAGUUACGAAAACCAAAAGUGUUGUUGCAGACAGACGUCCUUCAAGUUCUUGCUGUUUUUGUAGGUGAAAUCCAUGUUAGACAGUUUCAAGACUAGUAUAGUUAUCUUAUAUUGUAGUAAUCUGCGUUUCUAUUCUACGGAAGACCAAAGCCAUACGUAUAUCUUCAGUGGUUGAUUGGGUUGAUGCUGUGUUACAUACGGUUAACGUUAGCAGAGGCCUAGCACUGAGCUAACGUGAUAAUUCACCAGCGUUUUCUGGGACUUCUCAGAUGAUACACUCUCCCCACUGCUAAGUGUCCACUGGAAAAAACAGCAUCACAAUGACAGCUCAGGAAGGAGAGGGAUGGGGAGGCAUUAACCUUUCAUCUCACCUGCACAAUGAAGAGUGUAACCAACUCAUCACUCUUCUGAGGCAGUGCCACACAGAGCACAAUGUCGCAAAGUUCUUUGGCACGUGUAACGAUGUGGACCGUGCCAUGCGUCAGUGCCUGAAAAAAGAGAGACUGGAUAAGCGGGAACUCAGCAAGCAGCAUGCCAAAGACAUGAAAAAGAGGCUGAAAGCAGGGAUAAUAGAGGAUCUCUGAAGGACAUUUCAAUGCAACUUCAACACUGCCACUACCAGUUUGAAGGAGUGAGAUAAUGAGACACUGAAUUAAGCAUGACACUGUGUAACAGGCCUUCCCUAUGGUCUCAUGUCAAGACAGAGGAAAGGUGACAACUUCUGUCUCUUUGAAAAUUCAAAGAAGUGUGGAUUAUAUAAGUAACUAGAAAAUGCAUUUCCUGCAGAAAAUGCGUGCGAAUGCUGUAAACUGUGAACAUUUGUGGCUGAAU